UCCCCCGCCCGCUUCCGCCCGGCUUAUUAUCCUCCUUAUUGACAAACAGAGCGGCCGCGGCGGCGACUCUCCGCGUGCAUCUGUAGCCAAGCCAUGGGAGACAAGAAGAGCCCCACCAGGCCGAAGCGGCAGCCGAAGCCGUCCUCGGAUGAGGGUUACUGGGACUGUAGCGUCUGCACCUUCCGGAACAGCGCCGAGGCCUUCAAGUGCAUGAUGUGCGAUGUGCGGAAGGGCACCUCCACCCGAUCCACAUUCUUUGAAGUUAUUGUGAAUGCCUCGAGGACCAAGGAACCGUUGAAAUUUCCAAUUUCAGGAAGGAAACCUCGACCUGUCUCCCAGUUGGUUGCACAGCAGGUUACCCAGCAGUUUGUGCCCCCUACACAGUCAAAGAAAGAGAAAAAAGAUAAAGUAGAAAAAGAAAAGAGUGAAAAGGAAACAACUAGCAAAAAGAACAGUCAUAAGAAAACCAGGCCAAGAUUGAAAAACGUGGAUCGGAGUAGUGCUCAGCAUUUGGAAGUUACCGUUGGAGAUCUGACAGUCAUUAUUACAGACUUUAAGGAGAAAACGAAGUCACCGCCUGCAUCUAGUGCUGCUUCUGCAGAUCAACACAGUCAGAGUGGGUCUAGCUCUGAUAACACAGAGAGGGGAAUGUCCAGGUCAUCUUCACCCAGAGGAGAAGCCUCAUCACUGAAUGGAGAAUCUCAUUAAAGUUUAUUUUCUCCAAUUUCUUAGUCACUUCUGUCAUAACAUGCAAAUACACAGAUUAUGCCAAGAGGUACCACAUUUUCAUGACAAACAUAUUCAUGCACAAUCCAUAAUUUGUGUUUUACAUAAAAAUAGGAAUUUGUUAGAAUUUGUUAGAUUUUAUUGCAAUCUAUGCCUACCAGACAUUUCCAGACUUAACAUUUUGGUCUCCACAGUUAAAGGUGCCAUGAAAAUGUGGUUGAAUUAUUCAUUAUGCAGUGUUAUUGGUAAGUCUAUUUUCACUUUUAGUUUAGUGAAUUCUAACACAUAAUUCUCUACUAUUGGCAUGUACGAAUUUCAAUUUUUAUAACAUAGUGCAAGCUGCCUAAAUAUGUAUUAUUUGAGAAUUGUGAAACAAAUAGUUAUAUGUAUACAAGUCAAAGAUCAACUUAAUCAACUAUUGCUGCAACAGGAUUUUCUUAAUGGUUAUCCUCUUAAAUACACCUGCUGGUACUUGGUGUGGUUAAAUAGGAAAAUUGUUAUUAAAUAAAGAAUUUGUAUGAACCGUUGCCAAUGUUUUUUGACACAUUUUACUAAAUUAUUGUUCCUGAAUUAUGUUUCUGGUUUUAUCUUUGUUUUUGUUUUUGUUUGUUUAUCUUUUAAAACAUUCAUUGUUGUAAUGUUUUACUAGCAGAGUAGUUAACAAUAAAACAUUGAUUAUUUAGCUUUAUAAUUCAGGUUUAGUGCUCUUGUCAUUGAACACUGGUAUGUUUUCGUUAUGAUAUAAAACAUUACAGUUAAAAUAAUUAUAAACAUUUGGCAAAACCAGAAAAGAAACCUGAUGUAUUUUAAAAGCUGAAAUUUUGGAAAAGCUUUAACUUACUAAUAGUUUUAUCACUGUUGUCUUGCCCCAAACUUGUGCAGGGUCAUAGAAGUAUGAAUCUAAUUAAUACAGAUAUGGGAACUGUUGCACAGAUCUGGGAAAUAACUAAUCUUAAGUCAGUUUAAUUGGCCUCUUAUUAAUUACAAUGAUUUUUAUGAAAAUCAUAGUAUCCUAUUUUCAGACACAACUGUCAGUUUAUGCAUUUAUCAAUAUCCUGAAAUAACAAAAAGUAUUUACAGCCCCACUUAUUAUGUAAAAUUACCAAUAAAAUAUUUUUAUGACUACAGAUUUUGCAUUUUUGUUUACAACAAAUAAUGUAUUUCACAUUGUAUUUAAAAAUCCAACCUAGAAACCACACAGUACUUCUUCAGUUCUCCUAGGGUCUCCUGCUUUUAGCCAUUUGCUUAGUAUAUAUCCACCUCUAGGAGACUUCUAGAAUAUAAGUUAACAUAAAAACAUAACCCAAAUACAAAAUGCCACUUAAAAACACUAUGAUUGCAUUUGAAGAACAGAAAAACAAAAAAGAAAACAACAACAAAAAAAACUGUAGACCCUGACAGUUGUGAUAUUGGUGGUUUCUUGUGGUUAUGUAAUUUUCUGUUCAGUUGCAGUACUUUUUCCAGGCACAAUGGGACUGUCUUUUUUGUAAGAUGCUAGUUGUGAAAUAUAGAUAAUUGCAUACAGUAAAAGUCUGUGAUUAAAACAUUUAUAUACCUCA